AUGGAAGUCAAUGCUCAGAACCAGACAUCUGCAGAAUUGCAGAAGAUUCUGCUCUCAACAGACCUGUCCUUUCUAAAAUCAACAUUUGAUGAGGAAGAUCGCAAGAGAGGUGCGUCAGUGGCACAGGACUUCGAGGAAGAGCUGGAUUUGGAUGAGCAUACCAUGAAUCGAUGGACACCACUGCUUCGCACCGCGAUUGAGAAUGACACUCUUCAAGCUGUCGUAGAUGAUCUUUACAACUCAGUGGAUGACAACUUCGAAAACCUCGAAACGCAUAUCCUUCAGGAUUCCCAAUUGAGCGAUAACUUGACAGCCUCUGUAAGCCAAAUAGGCUCCAUUAAGGAGAUCAUUGAGGAGUCACUGCUUCGUGAAACUGCUGAUCUACAAGUACAAUUGGCGCAAACGACUAACGACGUAAUAUCUCGCAAACAGAGCUAUAUUAACAACAAGAAGACGUCAACAAAAAUCUCUGAAUGCAUAAUACUGAUUUCCAAAAUCCUGCAGAUUUUGGAAUCGUCCAACAAAUGUCAGGAUCUCAUCAAGGAUGGAAGCUACUAUAAGGCCCUUCAGAGUCUGAGCAGCUUGGAGACUAUCUACGUUCAGGAUUUCAAAAACUACAAUUUUGACUUUCUCAAAACGAUAUACGCAUCCAUACCGGUCCUGAAGUCUAAAGUCAAAGACGAAAGCCUGAACAUGGUCAAGAGCUCUUUCAGUUCAAACCUAGAAAGAAAGCUACUGUCUUUGAGUACCAAGUUUUUUGACUUUUACAACGAGACGCUCCUUCCUGACUGGAGAACCUCCAAAAAUGAGAUGAAGUUGGGCGCUUUCAAGUUCAACUCUCCUGUUGAAAUCUCUCUCAGAGACACCGAAAAGGAAAAAAGUUUAGAUCUGGCCACGCUAUUUCCUCUCGACGAAUUUUAUGAUUGCAUCCUGAUAUUUCAAAAUCUCAAAGAGAUUGACUACCUUUGUAAUGAGUUCAAAAUCGAAUAUGAUUUUAGGAUAUCAAAAGUGGCAUACCCUCUGGAUUUGAAGGGACAUAACACCGCCAGUACCGUGGAUCAAGGUCCAAGAAUUGCUGCACUAUUCGGUGAUGAAUUCUCUUCCAAUGACUUAAAGGACUAUAUGCUAAAGAUACUGGGGUUUGUCAUAUACGACAAGCACCUCAACAAAUCUACCGAGUAUCUUCUAUCAUACAAAAGCUUGACUACAAGUGAAAAUUUCUGGGACAUGUUCAUAGUCAGAUUUUCGCCAUUCCUGGAGUACUAUAUCAAAACGUCGGUCAAUACAGAAGAAGGCCUGAUCGAGUUCAAGGACUUUCUGGGUAUCUACAUUGCAAUCUUGGAAAACCUGAACGCAGGUGUGGAACAAAUCAAUAAAAUUCAUAUCCUUAUUUUCAGGAAAUACGCUGCCUUGCUAUUUCAGGUUUUCGACGCUGAGUUUACGACGCUUCUCGGAGAUGACGACUUCAUGCCCUUGACAGUGAACGAUCGUGCCUUGUAUGAAAAAGUUCUGCGCAUCUGUUGGCUGAAAGAUGACGCUUCUGAAAAAGCAAGAAUCAAUGAAGCUGAUUCGCCGGAAGCGUUUUUGGCCACCUUGCCUUUUUCGCCCUUAUACCCGAUGUCUUGCACCCUAGUGAAGAAAACUCACAACAAGAUGAUAACAUUUCUGAGCGAAUUUUACCGAUACAACUUGAGUGAACUGAAUCAGAUAGUCGUUCAGACAAUAGACGACAUUUUCACCAAGACCAUUAAUCUCAAGAUCAAAUCAAAGCUUGACACAACGUCAAGAGAAGAAAUGGCUCAAAUUCUGAUCAAUCUUGACUACUUCAUUAUCGCGGUAAAGGAAUUCAGUCACAUUUUGAGCCGAGAAAAUACAACUUUAAACCCUGAUGUUGAGCUUACCCUAAAUUCAGUUAGAGUUCUCACGGACCUAAGAAACUUCACAGAAACAAAACUCAUUGAACUGAUAGACUCGAAGAUGUCGGACUUGUUAGAAUUCGUCGAAUUCGAAUGGUCUUCGACGCAUGUAGAAAUGGAGCCGAGCUUCUCUAUAAAGGACAUUGCGCAAUUUCUGGAGAUGAUGUUCACGUCCACUCUAGUCAACCUUCCAGACAGCGUCAAAACGCUUUUGAUUUUCCGCGAAUUUGACGUCCUUACUGGCAGAUUCCUGGACGUGCUUCUUCACAACAGCCCGGCAGUGCUUACUCCGCAAAGUGUACUGAACUUUGAGCUGAACAUGACUUUCCUGGAAGGUAUAAUUUCCAAGCUUUUCCCAAGCGAUGGAAGUAUUCCAUCCACACCCACGAGUCCAAUUAUUGGCGCUCCACAAUCAGCCGAAACAACCAGAGCGUCGAAUUUGACAGACAACACUAGACGAUCUCUCUACUCUACAUUCACGGACCUCAGGCAACACAUUGACUUUUUGAAAUCACCAGACAUUACUGAGUAUAAUGAUCCAAGCAUUCGCAUGAGAAGGUUUCCUCGCAUCAAGCCUGAGGUGGCCCAAAUGCUCCAUAAUAAAAUGGUCUCUCCGGUGUCGGCAGGAACCGACAGUGCACAUUCGUCCUCGGUAGAUCAGAGUUUUGCAGACUCGAUCGGGUCUCACAAACGAUUAGCCAAAUUUUUCAAUCGGGCUUGA